UGUGAGAAGUGUGCAGCGAUUUGAUAUUGCAGGGUAGCGUGGGUAGCGAACAACAGUACAGUAAAGUCAGCAGAUAGCACUGUGGUGUUGUGUCUGAGAGAGGUUAGAUAGCACUAGCAGAGCAAAGGGAAGGGAGCCGGGGACGGAAACUGUGUUUGUGUAGCCUGUAGUCAGUGCAGCUGAGCUGUCAAGUAUGCUGUAACAAGGUUUUAUCUUUAAUUUGCUUAUCUACAAUUCUAAUUACCUUCCUCCAUAAUAUGGCAACUGCAAAUUAUGUGCUUAGUUCGACGCUAAUGCUGAUAGUAUUAGCAACUUCAGAAGUUCAUGGUUUCAUCAAGUGUGAGUCAUUCAGAACUUUCUCAACAGAUUAUACACUUUGUUCCGAAGAUCAAUACUGCUGUGGUACAAAUAACUUAAAUUGCUGUUCAUAUGCAAGCACAAACAAUAACAAUCCCAUGGAAGCAGUAUUUGGAAUAUUACUUCUGCUCAUCAUAUUUGUCUGCUGUCCUUUGAUGUGUUACCGCCUCUGUUGCCGUAGAACGACCAGUCGAGGAUUUGUCUACAGUCAAGCAGGCACAACCACAUCCAUGUCUGUGAGUCUACCACCAGGAUCGCAACAGCAAGUGCCAUACCCCACAGUUGUUCCAUACCCCCAGCAAACCCCCUACCCUCCUCAAUAUGCGACCAACCCCUACUUUGGAGUUCCUCCACCAGCUUACGGGCCACCUGUGCAGGCAGGUGUUCAACAAGCGUCUGCGCCUACUGCGCCUCCCAACGUACAGAGCUAGAGUUUCCAAUGCUAUUAUUGGUGGGCUUGUGCAGUCCAAGUGGUGCUGCAGUCCAAACUUGUGAUCAGGCCUUGUAUACCGCUAUUGUCAAUUUAUUGUAUUUACUGACGCCACGUCCAUGUCAUGUACUUAUCUGUAAACGUGGUAUAUUUUGUACUAGUCUAAGUUACGUCAAACUACUGUUAAGUGUAAAUGAUUUUAGUUGAUGUACUUCUAUGAAGGGUGCCUGACUUUUGUAAUGAAGUGCCUUUAAAAUAAAAGUAAGACUAUU